UAUCUGCCCAGAUACGAUAGUUCUGGGUGUGGGGGGGGAACCGAUAUAAUCCGAUUAGUUCUUCAAUCUCAUUUGUCUCUUCUUGUAGAGAAUUUGAGUAGCAUUCAUAUGUUCAUGGCUUCUCUAUCUCCGUUUCCUUCUUUGAAUCCUUCGCCUCUCGCUCCAAGAUUCUUACAAACCCUAACCCAAUUCUCAAAUUCUCCGUUCCUCUCUCCAUGCUCUGUUUUCAGGUUAAAAAACGCAUCUUUGCUGAAUUUGAGAACUCGAAUUGCUCCUCUUCAAUCCCAACGAGUUCGGUCCAAAACCCUUGUUUUGUCUGCUCAGUCCAGUUUCUUGAAAGUUCUUAGAACCGCGUGGAAUAUUGGGAAAGAUGGAAUUGAAGCUGGAACCAAUCUUGUACCUGUUUCUGUGCCUAGACCAGUAGCUAGAAUCUCGGUGACAAUUGCAGCAUUGGCGGUUUCGUUGUUUGUUGUCAAGUCGUUUCUAUCAACCGCUUUCUUUGUAUUGGGUACAAUGGGAUUUGCAUAUUUCUUAUUCAUAGCGUUAAACAAAGAUGAAGCUCCUAAAUUAAGAGGAGAUGAUAAUAGCUCUGGUUCUAAGCCAAUGGAUGAUCCACUUGAAGAAGCAAAGAAAAUCAUGGACAAGUACAAGUAAGCUCUUAUAUGAGACAGAUCUUAAAUGUAUACAGAUACAAUACUUAGGAUUGAAUGUGCUUGCAACGGUGUAAGUAGGUGAUUGGUAAAGUUCUGGUUAAGAAAUUGUUUUGAAAUGGACACAUUUACCCGUCAUCACAACACUUUUAUUUGCCAAGAAACAUUGCUACUCUCGCUCAA